GAUACAGCUAGGCCAGCCGGCUACUGUCAAGGUUGCGGCGAACCUUACUAGGUUAUUAUCCUAUAACAACAAGGAUAGGCUUCAAACGGGUAUGAUUAUUGGUGGUUGGGACAAAUAUGAAGGAGGCAAAAUAUAUGGGAUCCCUCUUGGAGGCACAGUCUUGGAGCAGCCUUUUGCUAUUGGAGGAUCUGGCUCUUCUUAUUUGUAUGGUUUCUUUGACCAAGCAUGGAAAGAAGGAAUGACUCAAGAAGAAGCUGAGAAACUGGUGGUCACUGCAGUAUCUCUUGCCAUUGCACGAGAUGGUGCUAGUGGUGGAGUUGUCCGGACUGUAACUAUUAACAAAGAUGGAGCCACAAGAAAGUUCUAUCCAGGCGAUUCCCUCCAACUUUGGCAUGAAGAAUUAGAGCCUGUGAACUCGCUGCUGGAUGUUGUGUCUGCAUCAAGCCCUGUUCCAAUGGUCAGUUGAAACAAGAGUAUGCCCCGAUUGACAUGUUGAAUUUUAUUAACUGCUGCUGGUGUACAAGUACUCCAUCGCAUGUUCUGGAUCAUUGUUUUUUCCCUUCCCUUUGUCCUGCUGCAACUUUUUAAAUCAUUUAUGUUGACACAGUUCUGACUGUUUCUGGUCCUGUGAUUUCCCAUUUGCUUUAAAAUAGGUAUUUCGUCCACACAUUAUGUUUCAGUACUAGGGGAAGGAAGAUUAAGGUGGAAA